AGGACUGGUUUCGUAUGGAUAGCGGAGAUGUAUUUAAAAUACCAACUUGUUUUUUAAACCAAUGCGUGCAAAAAAAUCUUGUCCCCGUGAUUCUUGAAGUUCCGCAGCAGACUUGUCGGCGCGUCGAUUUGACAGUGCACCGUCACAUUUUCUUUGCAAAUGCAUCGCACUCAGUUGUUCAGACGAAACCUAAAUUCCAAUCGAUCACUGGCUUAUUUUAUUACUAAAGCCACCCCCACCCAGUUCUAAAGAGAAGACAUUUUUGUGUGCCAAACACUGAACUGGACAGCACGUGCUAUUCAUAAUACAUUGAAGGCUCUCCCCAUCUUUACCAUUUUUUUUGUUUUUGUUUUACGCACGCGUUCCUCUUGUCAAUACUCACCUAUUGGGGUCCUAUACCAUUUUUACACUUAAUUUCACCGGCUCUAGCUUUUAAAGGAACAAGGAACCCGUUUUGUGUUCCACACCAGGACGUCCGGUGUGCAGGAAUCAGCGGUGUCUGAGAGCAAGAAGGUGCAAGAGAUUACAGCUCGAUCCAAGUCACGAUGAGUGCCCAGGGUGAGGAAGCCGGCGAAGCCACCGGAUCCCAGGAGCAGCCUGCGCCGGCUGAGACUCCGAAGAGGGGACCGGGUAGACCGAGGAAGCCACCUCAAGAGCCCACCGGUGAGCCUGUCCCCAAACGACCGAGGGGGCGCCCUAAAGGCAGCAAGAACAAGGGCCCUUCCAAGGCUGCUCAGAAGAAGGCUGCCACCGGUGAGAAGAGACCCAGGGGCCGCCCUCGGAAAUGGCCACAGCAAGUGGUCCAGAAAAAGCCUGCUCAGGAACAAGAAGAAGAGGCCGAAGAGGAGUCGGGAGAGGAGGACUAAGAGACCACAGCCUUCAACCUCUACCUCAAAAUCAACUGUCAGGUCUUUCAAAGGGAAAAGACUGUCUUGACCACUUAUUGUUGACUUUCCACUUUUUUGUUCUCAAGUUUGGUUCCAUAUUUGAAA